AUGCCUCUUGGUCGUAAGCUCAUGGUCAUUGCAUUUCUGUCCUUCGGAAUUCUAGUCACUGUGGUCGGCGCGGUGCGCACGAGUGUCCUUGUCAAAGUUUUUGUACUGAGAGAGGCCACGGAAGAUGGGUCAUACGGAGUUGGCUACACCCUCUCAAACAUCGAAUCUGGACUCGCAAUUGUCGGGACAUGUGGCCCAACAAUUAAGUACAUUCUCAGUUGCUGCAUCCCUUCGCUUAGGAAUGCAGAUGAAUCAAGCAAUCGCGGGUACAUGUACCCCACAGCCGGCUCUCAGGGGGAUGCUCGGUCGAAACGCUUCACGAGAACUGCGAAGACGCACAGCACGUUCAAGGAGAUUGAUGAAUUGGAGCUGACAAAUGUACCGGGCGAGGACGAGCACAUUACGAGAAGGAACACACAACAUGGGGAUCCAAUGAUGAUCACAAAGACAGUUGCGUGGACAGUGGACAACAGCCACGAGAAGGAUUCGAACAGUACGAAUGGCGAACAAAGACCUCGCGAUCUGCUUUAA